AUGCAAGAUUUCAAUGAAGUAAAGUACACCUUCAUGUCAUUACAGCUGAUCAGUAGAGACGGCAAGAUCAUUUCAGUGCAAACAGGCUCUAUCAGUGGAGAAUCAGAACCCAAAGAAGCUUUUUCUGAUGGAAAUCACAGGUACUGUUUGCCUGUGAUGUGCAUAAAAGAGGAGUCAGGCACUAGUAUGAGCAUCAUAGAUGCAGACUAUGGGGUGUCUUUGAAGGAAAAGCUGCAGUGGUCCCAGGCUUUUGAAAAUCUGGUAACAAGCAAAUAUGGGCCUGUGAUCUCCAAGACCUACUUGAAGACAGAACACUGUGAUGAAAAAGAGUUCUGGCUUGCCGGAGAAGCUUAUAAGAAGAUAAUAUUGCAGAGGAAAAGGAUUUCCAUGGCCAGGGAGUUCUUUAUAAGUUACAUCCACCCGGCUCCCAAGGAGGUAAAUGUCAACAGUCCUGCAAGGAAAGCAAUUAUGAGGAAUAUUCAAGAGCCAACACAGUCCUGCUUUGAUGAAGCACAGAGAAUAAUCUACAGGCACAUGGAAAGAGACUCCUACCCACGACUGCUUGAAUCGAAGCUCUACCAAAAGCUCAAGCACAGUCUUCAAACUAACAACAACAAUUCAGUGGGAAACUGA